GUGUAGUAAGAUGGCCGCCUCCUUCAGUGACACAUGAUUGUGAGUGUGUUCAGGGCUGACUCCUCGGUGUGGGUGAAGUGAAUGCUGGGUAGCCGGUGGAUGAGACGUCUCCUGCUUUCCUCUUCAUCUCAGAGUUGGUCAUCGGUGCGACAUUUGAUGGAUCUCCAUUCGGUGGUCUCCCACCUGAAAGCCUUGGCCCCUCUGGCCCUAGCUGAGAGCUGGGAUAAUGUCGGCCUAUUGGUCGAGCCCAGCCCCCCGCAUCAGGUACGGAAACUCCUGCUGACCAAUGACCUGACGGAGGAUGUCCUGGAGGAAGCGGUAGGCAUGGGAGCCAACAUGGUCCUGUCCUAUCACCCUCCCAUCUUCAAGGCUCUGAAGCGGCUGACGGCCGGACACUGGAAGGAGAGGCUGGUGGUGAAAGCCAUAGAAAACCGCUUGGCCGUAUAUUCUCCACACACGGCCUGCGACGCCUUGAGCAACGGCGUUAAUGACUGGUUGGGCAGGGCGUUGGGCUCCUGUGUGUCGGUGCCGAUCCGGGCCUGCACCUCCCUCUCUCAUCCUGGUGAAUGUAACCACAUCCUGGAGUUUGGCCGUGACGCCUCAGAGACCUUACUGCCCAGGCUUAACUAAUCUACGGGUUUAUCUCUAUUUUCCAGGAACCCUACUGAAGACAGUGCCCUCAUCCGGCUAAGCUGCUCCCACAAUGCUUUGCGGCAGGCCUUGGCUAUUCUGUCAGAGAAGCCGAGUCUACUUGACAGCGUGGAGCUCAUCACUCUUAAGAAGCCCCCCCUACUGGACACCGGUAUGGGGCGCCUCUGCACUCUUUCUGAGCCAGUGUCCGUUUCUACAGCCGUAGAAUGUGUCAAGCAUCACCUGGGACUGGCUCACCUCCGCCUGGCACUGGGAAGGGGGAAGACUCUGGAAUCCUCGGUUAGUGUGAUGGCCGUUUGCGCCGGGUCGGGAAGCAGUAUCCUCAUGGGUGUCCCUGCUGAUCUCUACCUGACAGGUGAAAUGUCUCAUCAUGAAGUGCUGGACGCCGUGGCGGAGGGUCGCAGCGUCAUCCUGUGCGAGCACAGUAAUUCAGAGCGGGGGUAUCUUCAGGAGCUGCGGGGGCAGAUUGCAGAGAGACUGGAGGGCAGGGUGGAGGUGGUCUUGUCACAGAAGGACCGGGACCCCCUGCUGGUGGUGUGAGGAACAGCAGAUGGUUCAUUAUUCUGAC